AUGGACUCGGACUGGCCCAACUCUUCAGCCUCCGGGCCUACCCUUUCGUUCCUCCCGCAAGCGCCCAUUACCGCUUUUCGGGCCGAGGAUUCGCAGAUGGAAAACUCUGGGCAGGGCGUCGCCAGCCCUGAGUAUGCUGCAAUCGAAGAAUUAGCAGCGUUUAAGAAAGAGCUGCGCGUUCUGGACCUCGAAUCCUUUUGGAGCAAGCUUAUGGAGCACACUUCUUCGUUGUGCAAUGCUCAGUAUGCCUUCGUAGCCCGAAGGGUUAGGGCUGACGAAACAGCUCAAGAGAUAGCUGGACACAAACCCUCUCUCUUUGGCACGGCCUACUACUACAAUGAUGGACUCCAGACUAUCGGAAUGCAUCGGCAUCAGUACUUCGCUGGUGGAAAUCCCCUGUCGCAUAUGGAUUUCAAUAAGCCGUGCUUGAUCCCAGAGAACCUGAGCUCGUACUUUUCGUCCGAUAGGGACAAGCUACCUUUCGCUGCGGAGGGUUACCUGGCAAUUCCGCUAUUUUCGGGGGAUGAAUGUCUCGCUUAUUUGGGAUUGAUGUGGUCAGAUGUGGGAUUACAGAGUCGAAAGCUUUCAUGGUCCUUUAUUGAAACAGUGCUCUUCUCUUUGGAGGAUUUAGUUGUUCAGCGAAUCCAGGAGGAUAGUGGUGCGACUGAACAGCAGCGGUCUGCUUCUGAAUCGGCCUCAGGCGCAGGGGAUAUACUCGAUGAAUUGGUACCGCCUUCGCAAGGCGCGCACUUUUCUUCUCAACAUCUUAAACCAUUUGCGCGCAGUCUGUCGCAUGAGCUUCGAACACCAAUGCAGGGGAUUGUUGGAAUGUUGGAUGUCAUGCAUGCCACCGUGCGCGAUGCACUUAUCGGCAAACCCUCUCCGAAAACUGCAUACGUUUUUCAAUCGCUCAAGGAGAGCAUCGAGAUGGUUCAAGAUAGUGCAAGACGGGCUGUUGAAGCAGCCGAUAACGUCGUACAUGCUUAUGAUCUCAACAUGGAGGUUCCUGAAACCCCUCAGGUGGAGCGGGACAGCAACGUCUUUGCCAAGUCUCCCAUUUCAAUAUCAGAGAGCCGGCCAAACGUGUUCAUCGAUGGAAGCAAUAUUGCCGCUAAUCCCUACAAACGACGGAGGAGUAAUCCGCCGGAGUUUGGGAAGUCUCCUACUCCAAAACCAAAAGUCCGCCGAGUCACGUCGCCAAAAGAGCUUUCGCCGCGUACCGAGGAGGUAAAGAAUGCUGUACAUGAGACGGAUAAGAUCUUCAACACUCCAACUCCUGUUCAUCAGAUCGAGGCAGUAAUGGCUAGCAUGGUCAAUCCUCGGCCCUCCUUAGCUGUCCGAAGAUCCGCACCUCACCUUCUGCUGGAAGGUAUCAACCUCAAUUUUCAGAGCCCAGCACUCCGCUUCACCAAGCUCCGUGAUCUUCUUCGCUUAGUGGUUAACGAGUCUCUCCAUGUCGGCGGCAGGCCCGACUUUGUGGUCAGCAAUGCGACGGAGUUCGGCGAGAUGAUCGAGGUUCGGACGCGGUCAUCAAAUGGAGAAGUAUUUUCUAAAACAAUCGACUGGUCCGUGGACGGCGCAGUACCCGACGCUCUUUUCGUGGAUGACAGAGACCUGGCCAAGCUGAUAUCUUGCGUCUUUCUGAACGCGGUCAAAUUCACAAACAAUGGUCUGAUCACGGUCAAGGCCACGCUCAGCCGCAAAGCCAACGAAAUCCUGAUCAAUGUCCACGACACCGGACCCGGUAUCCCUAUGGCGUUCCUGCCUAAUCUCUUCAAACCCUUUGCCCGGGAAGAUGCGUCAAUCACGCGAAGCAAAGACGGACUAGGUCUUGGACUGCUGGUGGCAAAAGGUUUAGCCAGGAAGAUGGGCGGUGACUUGGUCUGCGUUCGCUCGUCGACUUCUGGGCCAGACCGCGGUUCUGAAUUCGAAAUCAGGAUUCCCGUCAACGCACCCGAAGCCGCUCGCCCACUGGCUUCGUCAAUGCAGUUAACCCCUCCCAAUAUCCACGACUCCUCGAGGCUCAGCAGCGCUAGCAAUUCGACUCCAGACUCUUCUGUACUCUCACCACUGAUACCCUUGUUACCACCUGCACCAACGCCUACCCAAGAGCCCACUCCCGCUCCUACAGAUGAGUCACGUACACCAACUCCCGCCCGUUCAGUACCCAGUCCAAGCCCCGCCAGGGGGCAAACCUCAGACGCAAAGUUUGGGGAAAAGCACCCACUUACCUUCUUAGUAGCCGAAGACAACAAGAUCAACCGGCGGGUUCUGGUUCACAUGUUGAAGCGACUCGGCUACCAAGAGAUUUAUGAAGCCGGAAACGGCAAAGAGGCCGUGCGCACAAUGCAGAAUAUCCUCGAUUCGCAGAACACUGAGAAUGCCGCAAUUCAUGCGCAGAAGCCCUCGGAGCGCCAGACGACCGCAAGUGACUUUCUCGUGCCCGGGCCACCGCUCCGUCAGAAGAAACCAGUGGAUGUCAUCCUGAUGGACCUCUGGAUGCCCGAAAUGGACGGAUACGAGGCCACGUCGAAGAUUUUUCAGAUGGUCAACGAGCAUCACCAUCAACAUCCUCAUAUCCCGUCACAGUCACAGCUGAACCCUGCCGGAACCCCCCAAUCACAACCACCCACCGUCCUUGCCGUCAGCGCAGACGUCACAGACGAGGCUCUCAGCCGCGCCACCAAAGUCGGCAUGAAGGGCUACAUGACGAAACCCUAUAGACUGAUAGACCUGGAACGCCUGAUUGCGGGCUUCUGCUGCAGCGAUGCUGCGCCACAGCCGCAGGUCAAUGAUUCAACGAACGCAUGA